GGGGGCGAGUACUCGAGCAAGACGGACGGCUACGCCAUUGGCAUCACCCUCCUCGUCUGCCUCACUAACCGGUCCGAGGUGCAGCUGACCGACCGGUGCGAGGACGAGUUCGAGGAGGACUGGACCGACAUCGACGCGGCGAAGCUCGCCGACGUGGCCGCGGGCUGGCCAGUCGACGCGGCGCGCGCAGUCAAGGACCUCGCGCAGGCGGGGGACGGGCAGAAGAGCCUCUGCCACAACAGCUUGCGCAAGCGAUGCACGCUGCCCGAGGCGCUGCUGGCGCUCCGGGCGACGCUGUCUGGCGCGCAGGGCGGGGUGGGGGUGGAGGAGGCUGCGCCGGCACCUGGAGACGAGGCCGCUGCGGCAGCCGCCCGCACCACCGGCUACGAGCCUUCGCCGCUCUCGGUGCAGGUGCGCGGCAUGCGCACGUCCGGCGACGCGCAGGCGCGCAUCCAGGACAACAUGCUGCUCGCCUUCAAAACGCUGAUGCCACGCCUCGUGCCUCGACGCUGUUUACGCCUCGCGCUCUGCGGCGGCGCCAGACGGCUUCGAGGAGCGCAUCAACUUUUGGCACCGCGAGUGCGGAUUGCCGACCGAGCUGCGGAGCCAGCUGCACUCGCUGCGCAUCUGGGCGAACGCGGCGAGGCACCACGACGCGGCGAGGCGUCGCGCCUCGUAGCGGCGGUGACGGAGGCGGUCGGGGCGCUCGAGGGAUGA